GCGGUGUGUUGGGCUGUGCGGAUUCGGUUGCGCGGAAAUUUAUCAUUUUCUGUACACAAGCCCUGCCGAGUCCCGAGUAUACGGUUUAUAGUUUUGGAUGGAAGUCAGUCGCAGCAGCAGCCGCAUCUGCGAGGAGCACUUUUUGAUGAAAGUUUGGUAGCACAAGUUUGGAGUUGCAAUUGCAGGUUCAGUUGGUGCAGUGCAAGGAUUCGAGAAAGUUUAUCUCUGCGAGAAGAUCCGUUGGGUCCGAAAGGCUUUUCAGUAGAAUCUGGAACUGAAGUGGAGGAGAUUUUAAUUGGUUGUAGAAGAUUAAAUAGGAACGAAAUCAAGUUUGGAACACAAAUCAAUAAUAGGAUAUCGGUUCGUGAAGGCUGCACUACGCAGUCAGUUUGACGAGAGGCCGAGUGCGUGCACGAAAAAAAAGUGAUUUUUGGUACCAGAGCGAGAGAGAGAGGGCGGAUUGGCACGACGGGACCCGGCCAACUCGGCAAUCUAAAAUUUAUAAGAAAAGCCUAGGUCAAUAAUUAAUAUAGUGAUGUGUUUUUCUGACACAUGAGGAAACCGCUUAGUUGGGUGAUUUAUUUGCUUGCCUGUCGUCAUAAAGGCAAGUGUAAGGUAUAGUUAGUGUUCGAGUGUGUCUGUGUGUGCGCGACUGUUUCCGUUGAUAUUUUGUAAAUUGAUUCCCACAAGAUAAGGUGAAACCAGUCGCGAGUGAGUGGGGGAAACAUUGAAAAUAACUUUUCGCAAACAUCUAUUGCUGACUGGCUGAAAGUGAGUGUGUUACUCACAUUCAAAUCGAGGAUUGGAAAUUUCUGUCCUCUUCGAAGUAUGUUUCCUCAAUAGGAUUUAAUACAGUGAUUUACGCAAAAUGGUUUACUAUACGGGAGUGCCACUCCUAAUGCAUCAGACUGAUAACAGUGCAGCUUCCCAGCUAUGCUACAACACUUCGACUCUUAAUGAUCGAGGAGGCGAACAGAUACAACCGCAACAACAACCACAACAGCAACAACAGCGGAUACAGUACCAGCAGCAUGUUGUCAAUCUGAGUAAUGGCGAGCAGUUGCUGUCGGAUGCUGGUCCCUCGACGCAAGGCAAUGUCCGAAGCAACUCGCCUUCGGCGCAAUCCUGCUUCACGAGCUAUCAACCGGGCAUGGUUCCAUCGAAUCAAGUCCCCCAGCAGUCGUCGUCGGUGAUGGCUGCGAAAUUCCGUUGCGAACAAUGUGACAUCAACUUCGGAAGUAAAAGUGCCCACACCAGUCACAUGAAGUCGCAUGCCAAACAACAGCAACAGCAGCAGCAGCAGCAAAGUAUGGUCGAAGGUAAACCUUCGAACGGGAAGAGUGUGAACGCGCUGAGCGCGACUCAGUCUACGCCUUCCGAUCCGUAUCAGUGCGAUGUGUGCAAGAAAACCUUCGCAGUGCCAGCUCGGUUGGUACGGCACUACCGGACGCACACCGGAGAGCGUCCGUUCGAGUGUGAAUUUUGCCAUAAGAUGUUUAGCGUUAAGGAAAAUCUGCAAGUCCAUAGAAGGAUACACACCAAGGAGCGACCGUACAAGUGCGACAUCUGUGGCCGGGCGUUCGAGCACAGUGGCAAACUGCACAGACAUAUGCGCAUCCACACCGGGGAGCGUCCCCAUAAGUGUAACGUUUGUGGAAAAACUUUCAUCCAGUCUGGUCAACUGGUCAUUCAUAUGCGUACCCAUACAGGUGAGAAACCAUACAAAUGUCCCGUGGAGGGUUGUGGAAAAGGAUUCACAUGCUCGAAACAGCUGAAAGUGCAUUCGCGGACCCACACGGGAGAGAAACCAUACCAUUGUGAUAUUUGCUUCCGAGACUUCGGUUAUAACCACGUGCUGAAGUUGCACAGGGUUCAACACUACGGAUCGAAGUGCUACAAAUGCACCAUUUGCGAUGAGACUUUCAAGAGCAAGAAGGAGAUGGAGGCCCACAUCAAGGGACACGCGAAUGAAAUUCCGGAUGAAGAUGAGACUGAUAGCAAGGCCGCUGUAGCUGCGGAUCUGAGUGCUGGCACCGGUCAGAGUGGUUUGGAGUACUCGUCCAGCUCCAGCAAUCUUGCAGUGUCUGACAACAUAGCGGGAGAUGAACCAAUGGAUCUGGAAGAGAAUCUUCCGACGCCGCGGGUAGAUUUCCGGGAACAAAGCUGUACCGGCAAUGACGACUCGGAUAGCAGCAAUAACAAAAACACCAAACCAAACGAUAGCGUUCAUUACUAUUCACAGUUCGAGCAGUCCGUAUUUCGCAGUUAUGGCGUACAGUCUGGGGUGAAUCCGGCGCUGCUGGCAGCGGCAUCCAUAGCUGCCGUCGCAACCGCUUCCGGUCUAGAGCAGACGGAAGUUCGCAGCAAUAAAGCAUCAUCACCACCCCCACUUUCAUUUCCAGUGCCGUCGUCACAUCAACAGAAAGAGUUUUCGGCAGCAGGCGGCCGGCUGUCACCUCAGUCAUUGGAGCCACAGCCGAUGGUGGACAUGUUGGUUCAUCAGCAACAGAUGCAACAGACCCAACACUUGCUGCAUCCACAGUCAACGGUCGGCUCGAACGCAUUCAAAUACGAACCGUUGGCCAUCAUGAAGCAUCACGGUUACUUCGCGCCGGCUUCGCAGGUGUCCGAGUAUCGAUCGUCCAGCGACAUCGUGCGACAGGUUGAAGCGGCCAUUGCGGGAACGGAAAAUCUGCUGACACCUCCGCGCUCAUCACCCGAGUCACCCGACCGAUCGUCCUCGCCGGAGUCCGACCCAGUAUUAAUGGCCGAUCGGGACAACAACACGUUGCCUCCGCGGAAGCGAAAGUUGUAUUUCAAGGAUGAACCCCGUGAGCAUGUGCAUGUGCAAACCCCGGCGGAACACCCGUCUGUGUCGGUCAAAAUGGAACCAUCGGGGGCGGCAGCGGCGGCUAAUCCUUCUGCAGCGGUGCGCAUGAGUUCGGUAAUUCAGUACGCUAAAGCAUCCUAAGCCAUAUUCGGUACGCGUAAGAGAGAGAGAGGUUACAGUUUCUUUAGUAUAGUUGCAAGGUUUAGGUGGUUAAGAGAAGAAGCAGACUUAUUAGAGGAUAGAUAAAUUUAAAAUAACGUUUUUAGAAGGUAAUAUUUAUCUACAGCAAAAGAGGUGGCGUUUGCUGAGUCGGAUCAAACGACGAUGCAAACACACAAACACAUACACUUUUGUAACAAGAAGAAGAAGAAGACUGUCUCAGGUUAAUCAGUCAUUAUAUUUGGUAGGAUCAUCGCUUCGGGAAAUACGCAUCGUUAGUUAGUAGGAGGAUUGCGAGAUCACUGAUGAGGGGCAGACACUUUUUCCAAGAGUGUUUUGAGACAAAGAAAAAUAUUAAGACUGUUGAAAUGUCAAAAAUUCUAUUUAAGGCGCUAGGAUAUUGAGAAGAAAAUCGAAACUGAAUGGCACGUGAGAGAGAGAGAUAGGCAGAGGGUAUAUUUUACGAGACAAACAAAAUUAACUAAUGAAAUUUGAUGGCCAUGUGGAAAAGACUAGUUUUUUAUAGUGAAAUCAAUCGUUUAGGACAAACAAGGAACGUAGAAAGAGCAAAAAUAUAGACUGGAAACCCUCAAAAUUGAAUCUUAGUGAUAAGAAACCAAACAGAAACAGUGCUUUCGACAAAGCGUAUUAGUAUGUAAGCGUCUCCCCUUCUCAAACACGUGAACCUUUACAAAUCUAUUAUACUAUCGAUGAAGGAAAGAAAAACGAUUAGCCUCUAGUUCGGGAGCAACAAUUACAAGCAACAUACCACUACACACACUGCCACCAAAACAAAGAAAAAAUAAUCCGAAAAAAACAAUGACUCAAAUCAGUGAAACAAUCUACAAAGACAGAAUCAGGGAUUCGAAAUGGUUGCAUUGUAUAGCCACGCAGCCAAAACAGUGUUGAACAACAGCGCAACAACACAAUUUUCGAUUAUCUACAAAACAUACACACCGAACAACACCGGCAGUUAUAACAACAGACUUAUUGCAACAACAAUAAAAAAUAUACCUCAAUUAAAAUAUUAAAUGUUCAUCACAGCACGAAGGCAAAAUCGCGCAUUCAAUGUAAAUAACAUACAUUUGGUUCUGAUCUCCGCUUUAAUAUAAUAUAAGAGAGUCUUUGGUAAGCAGUAUAGUUGCAACGCUGGCCACUGCCAGCCCGAAUGGCGCUAGUGUCAGUAUCUUAUGUUCGCUAAAAAUACACAGUAACGAACACACACACAUACAGAACAAUGCAUUUAAUACUAUUUUAAAAAUAGUUUGUUUAGGACUACUAUACUGUACAAAAUUUGUCCUGUAAACAACAACUUUUUGUGAUUUCCUUAGUUGUCUUCGUGAGAAUGAGAUCCAUUACUGUAACUUAUUGUUUUCCUUAACGUUGAUCAACAUUUGCAAACUAGUGAAAGAAACAGAUUUACUGAGCUGUUUUUGCGUUUUCCGAAACGACAUUUUUUAUUCGUUGUAGACAAUGGAGGAGAACUUUUGUUACACUCUCUUAGUUAUCGCUAUCAUUAUACAUUGUAAACACUAAAAUAAUGGAACCCAUAUUAUUACUAUCGAGAAUAGGCGUGAGGAUAGGGCAAUACAAACGGAACACUUUUACUAUGUAAAAAGGUUUGAAGCGAAAUUUACACAAACACACAUUCAGAAGUAUUUAGGAAUCCUGAUAUUCAUCGUAGCGAGUAAGCAUGAACCCCGAAAGCAGUAAUUAUGUUAUCGCUGUAACUGUGCUAUUAUUAAACAUUUGCAAUAUCAUCACACACCCAUUGGGAAGAAAAAUGAAAAAAAAAAAACAACAACAUUCGCAUCGUAGUUCCCUCCAACAAGGUUUGGUGUAGUUGAUAUCAUCGUCAAAUUAAACAAAAAACAUCUGCAAGACAAAGAACAAAUAUACAUUGAAAACAAACAAAAAACAUUUUUUUGGGAAUGAGCAACGACAAAUGUAGAAGGAUUCGGAAAACUUUUGUGAAGGGGGCAAAUUGCUAUUGCAUGAAACGACAGUGAAUACAGUCCUCAGUUUGU